GGAGCGGGCGGCCGCGGGCGCCGCCGCCUCCUCCUCCAUGGCUGUUUACCCGGCUGCAUUGUGGGAGUUUGACCUCCGCCGCCGCCAACCGCCGCCUCAGCUUGCGCCGCCGCCGCCGCCGCCGCCGCCGCCGCCGCGCACGCCAUGGGAGCCGUGACUGACGACGAAGUCAUACGGAAGCGUCUCCUAAUUGAUGGAGAUGGUGCUGGGGAUGAUCGGAGAAUUAAUCUGCUAGUGAAAAGUUUCAUUAAAUGGUGCAACUCUGGAUCCCAGGAAGAGGGAUACAGCCAGUACCAACGUAUGCUGAGCACACUGUCCCAAUGUGAAUUUUCAAUGGGCAAAACUUUGCUGGUAUAUGAUAUGAAUCUCAGAGAAAUGGAAAAUUAUGAAAAAAUUUACAAAGAAAUAGAAUGUAGCAUUGCUGGAGCACAUGAAAAAAUUGCUGAGUGCAAAAAGCAAAUUCUUCAAGCAAAACGAAUACGAAAAAAUCGCCAAGAAUAUGAUGCAUUGGCAAAAGUGAUCCAGCGUCAUCCAGACAGGCAUGAGACAUUAAAGGAACUAGAGGCUCUGGGAAAAGAAUUAGAGCAUCUUUCACAUAUUAAAGAAAGUGUUGAAGAUAAGCUAGAAUUGAGAAGGAAACAGUUUCACGUUCUUCUUAGUACCAUCCACGAACUUCAGCAAACACUGGAAAAUGAUGAAAAGCUCUCAGAGGUAGAAGAAGCUCAAGAAACAAGCAUGGAAACUGAUCCUAAACCAUAGACCAGCUAAUCACUCACCAUUCCCAAGAAUAUUGAAGUAGCAACAUGAUCUUAGUGUGUUCAAAAUUGGUUGUGCUCUUGAGACAUAUAAAGUUUUGGUAGUGAACUACGUUGCUGUUAAAUUUCAAUUCACAGUUCAUUCACAUUUCUUCACACAAAGGGAGAUGACUUCAUUAUAUAUUUGUUUUAAUUGAAAUGCCUUUUUUUUUUUUUUUUUUUUUUGCGGUACGUGGGCCUCUCACUGUUGUGGCCUCUCCCGUUGCGGAGCACAGGCUCCAGAUGCGCAGGCCCAGCGGCCAUGGCUCACAGGCCCAGCCGCUCCGCGGCAUGUGGGAUCUUCCUGGACUGGGGCACGAACCCGUGUCCCCUGCAUCAUCAGGCGGACUCUCAACCACUGCGCCACCAGGGAAGCCCUGAAAUGCCUUUCUUAUACUUAAAAGAUAGGAAGCAACAUGCAAAAAUGUUUAAUGAAAUAUUUUCAAGCCAGAUAUGUUAGUGCUCAUUGGUAUUCUAGGUAAUUUUUAACUGGUAACAUUGAUUUGCUCACAAAAUAAGUGGAAGAUAGUGAGAAGGUGGCAUUUCUAGGAUGUACCUGAGAAAAUUAGUUGAUUUCUGGAAAUCGUUACCACUUUUGAAAAUGAGGUCCAUGAAUAGGCUCUCAGGAGGGCUGUGAACUUGUGAAAUUAUGUACAAAAUGUUUGUGGUGUAUGCUUAUUGUGGGAGAGGUUCCAUGAUAUUAAGAAUCACUGAUAUCACAGGUAAUUACAAGAUGCAAAGUAAAUCAAUAUGCAAAACUU